AUGGUAUGGGGGCAUGAUUUGGGGAGACAGGAGGAAGAGCUGCAAACUAGACGAGAGGCAGGUUCAAGGUCUCGCUCUGUGGAAUUUGCCCCACAGAUUCUUGAUCAUCCCUCCAACCUUGUGGUACGGAAGGACCAACCAGCCACCCUGAACUGUCGUGCUGAUGGAAAUCCAGCUCCCACCAUUGAAUGGUAUCGCAACGGAAAGUAUGUGAAACCCAGCAAAGAUGAUGCUACUUCCCAGCCUACCCUCCUGCCAGAUGGGUCCCUCUUCUUCCUCCGACUCAGCCAGGAGAAGGGAAAAUCAGAUGAGGGUAUAUACCAUUGCCUGGCCAGGAAUCAUCUGGGUAAAGCCAUGAGUAAAAAUGCAUCACUCUAUUUAGAAGCCCUAGAAGAGGAAUUCCGACUUCAUCCUAGUGACUUGAAGGUGACAAAUGGGAAUUCGUGGUUCUUGGAGUGUGUGCCUCCACUGGGACAUCCUGAGCCCACCAUCUCAUGGAAGAAGAAUGGAGUGCCCUUAAGUGCAGAAAAUGGCCAUUAUGAGUUCUCGAAAGAAAAACUUCUGGUAGCCCAUGCUCAGAAGAGUGAUGCAGGAGCAUAUGCCUGUCUGGCUGUCAAUCAAGUAGGAGAGCAAGUGAGCAGAGCAGCCAUGGUCACUGUCUUUGAUCCACUGGAUACCAGGCAGAAGGAAUGGAACAGACCAAAAGAUGUUGCAAAGGAACUGAUGGAUAUCAUAGUUUGCCUAGUAAAUGUGACCAUUGUCCCCUCUGCUCCAGCUGCCCACCUGCAUUGGAAGGUCACCCCAGCUUCCCAGCCCAUAGAGGCUUACAAGGUAUUCUAUCAUUCUCUGCUGCCCACAAAAAUGCACUGGGCUGAAUGGGAUGUCGCAAGAGACCAACAGACGAUUAUUCCUGGACUUGAAAGAGGUUACAAGUAUGAGUUCAAGGUGCGACCGUAUUUGGGGAAGAUCCACGGCACCGACAGCAACGUGAGACAACUGUACAUCCCAGAGGAAGGUCUGGUUCCUUGGCAAUGAAACACAUCCAGGAUUUAACAGGACAGUAGAUGGAGACACGCAUAGUCUGGAAACAACAGGACUCCCAAAUGGGCAUAAAUACUGUGUGAAGGUAGCCGCAAUCAAUGGAGCAGGUGUUGGAGUAGCUAGCCAUCCUGUAUGUGGCACUGCAGACCCCAUAGUGGAGAAGAUGGCGAAGAGCUCGGACUUUCUGUCAGCUAACUACAUGCUGGAAGUAGUGCGUCAGCCCGUCUUCAUUGCCAGCAUAGGUUCGGCCCUCUGGAUCAUGUUGAUGGUGCUGGCGGUUUAUGUCUGCCAGCAACAAGCCAGGCAGUUUGGUUGCGGAAGACGCUACGCCCUUGGGGAAGGACUGUACAGGAAUGCAAGCGAUGACACUAUCAUCAAACACAGGAUAGACUCCAGUGAUUCUCCUUGGCUUUCAAAUACAUGGAAAUCCACAUCUGGUUCCAAGAAUUACAGUACCAGCAGCAGCCUCAGUAGCCAACUUCUGUGGAUGGAAUCCAAAGACAGCCAAGAAUUCCACAAAUCUACAGUGUCCUUUGAUAGGCAAAGUCAAGGGUCACGAAUCCAGACUGCUCCUUUGGUGCCCGAUAGCAGCAACAGUAGCCCAUAUGGAGCUUUCCGCAUGAACCUUCCUGCAAAAGACCUCAAGGCCUUCUACAGUUCUUUGCCAUACCUUUCCAAUCCUAACCUAAAAAGUAUGGCGUUAACACAAGCUGGUGAGCUCAUGUCUCAUGGCAGCCAGAACCUGAGGACUGAUCGUGCUAGUGGCCAAGGAAGAACACAACAAGGGCCAUGGAAGGCAGCUGGUUCCCUGUCCCCAAAUCGUACCAUCAGAGGAUCCUGGGUCAAAUAUGACAAAAAGGAGCUGCAACAGGUGCACAGCACACCCAUGUCCCCAUCUGGAUUCUCAGCAGACUGGAGCAACCAUAGCAGCCCAAGGAGUGUUGUCAGUUCUGGAAAGCAUCAAAGAGUCCAUGGUAAGAGAAGAAACGUUUGCCUCAAGGUUUGGGGCAAAGACUCCGUCAGUUGA